AUCACGUGGGCGCCGCCAGCCGCGCUUUCCUUUGCUGGGUGGUUUGGACUGGGCAACUGCGGUUCUGGGUUGCGGGUUUGUCUCUGGGGUUGCGUCGCCACCUUAUCCUACCAACGCCUCAUCCCCACGUUGUCUCGGCCACCGGAGGUCCGUACCAUGGCCCCUGUCGGAAGGAAGCGGAAGGCUGCGCCGGCAGAUACAGUAGACAAGCGCGAGAAACUGGCGGAGGGCCCGGCGGUGGUCAUCGAGCAUUGCACGAGCUGACGCGUCUACGGGCGCCAUGCGGCUGCCCUGAGCCAGGCUCUGCAGCUGGAGGUCCCAGAGCUGCCUGUGCAGGUGAACCCAUCCAAGCCGCGGAGGGGCAGCUUCGAGGUGACGCUGCUGCGCCCGGACAACAGCCGUGCCGAACUCUGGACUGGUAUUAAGAAGGGCCCGCCACGAAAGCUCAAAUUUCCUGAGCCUCAAGAGGUGGUUAAAGAAUUGAAGAAGUACCUUUCAUAAAGACGUUGGGCAGGGAGUCCCCAUGCUGAGCUUUCAUUCCCUGGAGAUGUUGAAGCAUUUAUGAUAGUGCAUGGCCAAACUUAAGCUGUGUACCUGAAGCCAUAGUUUCUUCCUCACCAGAAAUGAUGGUUCAGUUGUGAGGCAGCCCUCCAGCAAGGCAUUGUAAAAGUGUUUGGAUUGGUUUAAUAAAAGUUAAAGUAUCUGAGAAUAAG